CGGCGGCGGCCGGCUCUCGCGAGAUUAGCGAUCAGACGGAGCGCGGGGGCCGGCCGUGAGGAGCUCUGGAGUUGCCGGUGGAGAACAUGUCGGAGUCCGACCUCGGCAGAAAGUGGGACCGGUGCAUGGCCGACGCGGUGGUGAAACUAGGUACUGGCUUUGGAUUAGGAGUUGUUUUCUCACUCACCUUCUUUAAAAGAAGAAUGUGGCCAUUAGCCUUUGGUUCUGGCGUGGGAUUGGGGAUGGCCUACUCCAACUGUCAGCAUGACUUGCAGGCUCCGUAUCUUCUACAUGGAAAAUUUGUCAAAGAGCAGUGACUUAUGCUGAGAACAUCCCAGCGGGAAGGAGAAACCAUGCUUAUUCCUCAGGAAUACUGAAGUGCCCUGGAGUGUGCUGACGUCCUGUGACAGUGUCCUCAGCAGCGCUUUCAACUCCAGCCACUGCUUCUGUGUUUGAAACCAAGUCUGUUUCUUUUGUAUUUUCUCUUUGGAAAUUCUAAGGAGGUGAUCUUAAAUAAAUUAAAAGUGGGAAGCCAA